CAGUUGAGUACACCAGUGCAGCAGUAUGAUGAAAUCCGUGGUAUUGUUAUGUUUGGUUGCUUCUGCCUUUUGUCAGCAAGGCAACAUUGUGCAGGUUGCUCAGCAGCUUGGUGCAACAACUCUGCUGCAGUUAGCCACGGAAGCGGGCCUAGCAGACACUUUGGCCAAUGGAGGUCCGUUCACCGUGUUUGCGCCAACCAAUGACGCUUUUGCCAAUCUCCCACCAGAAGUACUGGACUUCUUAAAGAAAAACAAAGAAGCCCUCAUAGCGGUAUUGAAAUAUCAUGUUCUAAAUGGGAAGAUUUACUCAAGUCAGCUUAAGAACGAACUCGUGGUACCCACACUAGACCCCAAACUGAACUGUAGAAUCAACAUUUACCAAAACGGCAAGGUGGUUACAGCAGACGGUAGCCCGAUCAUUAAAGUGAAUCAGAACGCUACUAAUGGCGUCAUCCACGUCAUCAGUCGUGUGGAGUAUCCCAUCCCUGUUACAAACGUGGUCAAACUGGCUCAGCAGGACCAGGAACUAAGGACAUUGGUAAAGGCCGUGGUGGCAGCCGGACUUGUCAGCACUCUUUCAGGCCCUGGACCAUUUACCGUAUUCGCACCAACAGACAAAGCCUUUGCCGCUCUGCCCCCAGGAACUUUGGACAACCUUCUUAAGAACAAAACAGCACUCACAGACGUACUAACCUAUCAUGUGGUAAGCGGAACCUAUUUCAGUGCAGGACUCACUUCCGGACCUGUUCCAACUGUCGAGGGUAAAAAUGUCAACAUCAUGGUUGGACAAGGUGUGAAAGUGAAUGGAGCCAAUGUAGAGCGUGCAGACGCAGCGGUAACCAAUGGCGUCGUUCACGUCAUCGACGCCGUCCUUAUCCCCCCAAAGUACAGAUAUCUCUACAAAUUUGGUCACAGAUAUCCUUAAUUGAGUUAGGAUAUCUGUAAUAUUGCUUGUCAUAAUAUUUUCUGUCUUUUUCCUAAAUAAUUGCUCAAUUUAUUAAUUCUCGAUAAAUGUAAAGUUAUUUUGUUGUUUUUUACUGCAUAUAUAUAAUUUGUAUUCUUUAUUACAGAACUGAACUCACUUUUUUGUAAUGUAAUGAACACCUUUGAUUUCUAAAUAAAUUGCUAAAAACAAA